GUAAAAACAAAACUAAAAAAAGAAAAACACUCCCAUCUCCCCCUUUCAUCCAUUCAUAGCUACCUAUAUACCCACCACCUACCAACCUCUCUCUCUCUCUCAUCUUAUACACACACACACACAUAUAUAUAGGGCAUGCACUGCUGAUUUGCACAGUCCAGGCAACUAAGCAUCAUCAUUUGAAUUCAGAAGGCCUGGUCUCCUUGCACAUUUUCUUGAACAAAAAUGGAUUUGAAGCAGCCAGAUAUCACUACUCCAGGCUAUACCCAGAAACAAGAAGAGGCAGAAGAAGAAGAAGAAGAAGAAGAAGAAGAAAAAGAAGAAGAAGAAGAAGCAGAAGAAGAGGAGGAGGAGCAACAUAUUCAAGAACAACACUUUCAUGUGUUAGCAGUAGAUGACAGCACCAUUGACAGAAUGCUCUUGGAGAGGCUUCUCACUGUUUCCUCAUACCAAGUGACUUGUGUGGAUUCUGGAAACAAAGCUUUGGAAUUCCUGGGAUUGCUUGAGGGCAGUGAUAUUAACAUAGAUUCCAGAUCAACAAGCUCUGCUGCAGCUCCUUGUUCUUGCACACCUUCUGAUUCUUCCCAGCACCCAUCACUCCAAGAUGUGCAAGGAUCAAAAGUGAACUUAAUCAUCACAGAUUACAGCAUGCCAGGGAUGAAUGGAUACGAUUUGCUUAGAAGAGUCAAGGGCUCUUCUUGGAAGGAUAUACCAGUAGUUGUCAUGUCAUCAGAAAACAUACCUGCCAGAAUCAACAUGUGCUUGGAAGGAGGAGCAGAAGAGUUCCUACUAAAACCGGUUCAAUUGUCUGAUCUGAGGAAACUCCAAUCUCACCUUUUAAAGCCUAAUUUAGCCAUUCAUGCAUCCCAUAUGAAUUUGGUUCAAAAUGAUGUAACAGCAGCAGCAGCAGCAGCAGCGACGACGAGGACGACGAGGAGGAGAGCAACAAUAACGCUAAUGAAAGGCAAGCAGUAUUAUCUCCCAAGAAUGUCACGAGAGCCGGCCCAAAAUGAAAGAAGUACGUAGCUAGUUCAUUCAGUAUAAGUAAUUAACCUACAUUAAUAUUUUUUAAUUUUCUUUCUUUUAGGGUACGUAUAUUAAUUAUCUACGUGUAUGCAUGCAUGCAUGCAUGCAUCACUCACCCUCCAUUGUAUUAUUAACUUAAUCAAUACUAAUCUUAUGUUAGAACAA